CGGCGCGCGGAGGAGGAAGCGCGGCGGCCGCGGCCCGGGACCUGCCCAGACGCGCUGGUCGCGAACGCCGAGCGCCGCGUCCCCAUCUUCCAGGCGUGCGGGGCCGGGGCGCAGUCUCGGGCCGCGGCCGUCGUGCGCCGGCCGCACAUUCCCUCCCGCUCGCCCCCCGGGCCCGCGCCGCCCGCCGCCCGCCCGGCCCCGCCGCGCCCCCUCCACGCCCCCCGCGAGCCCGGCAGGCCGCGCGCUCAUGUCCUGAGGUCGCCGCCCGCCGGCGCUGCACCCCGGCCUGGGGAGGUGGGGCGGCGCUGCCCUGGGAGGUCGGGGCGAGGCGCGCCGGGUAUGCGCCAUCACCAUGUCCCGCCUGAGCUCGUGGCUCGGUGAGGUCCAGUGGCUGGUCUUGGUGUCGCUCUUCGUCGUGGCCCUGGGCACGGUGGGCCUGUACCUGGCGCAGUGGGCGCUGGCCAGGGCGCGACCCCGGCCCCCGCGGCGGGCUGCCGAGGCUGGCGAGGGCCGGCGCCCCGAGUCGGACGCGCUGCUAGCCUGGAUGCUGACGCUGAACAGCUGGAGGAGCGAGUGGCAGGCCGCCUGGGUGACCGCCCUGAACGAUGAGGCCAGACGGAAAGGGGGCCCGCCGCUCCUGUGCUUCGAGGAGGACCCGCUGCAGCAGCCCCUGGAGCUGGCGGUACAGCAGGUGUCCAGCGUGGCCAGGUCAGCGCAGGAGAAGGUGGUGUCCUGUCACGUGGUGGGCGAGGCUGUUCAGUUCCUGGUCAGUGUGGGGCCCGCCUCCCCGGAAGACACGGGGCGCCAGCUCUACGGUGUGCGGCUCUCCCCGUUUCACUUACAGCUGGAGCUCCACAUGAAAGAGAAGAGAGACGACAUCCGGAUCGAGUGGUCCUUAGUCAGCACUCCAGAAACGGCCGUCACCGUCCAGCCCAAAGCGCCGGUGGAGCAGGACCGGGCGGCUGCGGCCACGGCAGUGUCUGAGACCCUCAAGGACAUCCUGAAGCACCUGGUCGGCUCUGCCUCCCCGUCGGUGGUUCUGAGCACCAGGCCUGUGGGCGUGAGGGAAGCUCAGAGCCUGCAGCAGCUCGCGUCCAGCGCUCAGGAGCCCUGCCCGCCCAAGCCUCCGAGGGCCCAUGAACUCAAACUAUUGGUGAAGAACAUCCGAGCCUCGCUGCUGCACGAUGCUGGCGCUUCAGGCAACAUUAACCCACAGUGCAUAGUGCGGCUGAAUGAUCCCAUCCAGAAGUUCAGCGCCCUCACGAAAAAUGCCACGGACCUCACCUGGGAAGAAGAAUUCACCUUUGAGUUGAAUGCCAAGUCCAAGGAGUUGUACUUGGAGAUUUCAGAGGAUGAACAGUCAUCAGAAGCUCUGGGGGCGACCACGACCAUUCCUCUGGAUUUAUUCAAGAAGCAGCCGGCGGGGCCACAGAGCUUCACGCUGACCAGCGGCCCGUCCUCCGGCGGCUCUGUGCUGGGCUCCGUCACCGCAGAGUUCUCUUACAUAGAGCCUGGCGAAGUGAAAUCCCGGCAGUCACCUCCGCCCGCGCCGGCUGCGAAGGUGGAAAAAGACCGCACGGUGAUGCCGUGUGGGACCGUGGUCACGACUGUCACUGCCGUGAAAACCAAGCCUCGCUUCGACACGGGGAGGGCGUCCCCGCUGAGCUCUGGUGAGAGUGCAGGCAAGCAGCCCCGGCCCGUAGCCGGCGGGCGUCUGGUCCCUGUGGCCGCAGGGGGUGCGGAGUCUCCCGUGAGGACACCUGUCAAGGUGAAGGUCAUCGAGAAGGACAUCUCUGUCCAAGCCAUCUCCUGCCAAGGUGCUCCCGUCAGUAAAACGUUCUCUUCUUCAGACACAGAGCUCCUGGUGCUGAACGGCUCGGACCCUGUGGCCGAAGUCGCCAUCCGCCAGCUCAGCGAGUCUUCGAAGCUGAGGGUCAAGUCCCCGAGGAAGAAGAGCACCAUCAUCAUAUCGGGGAUCUCCAAGACCUCGCUAUCUCAGGACAAAGCCGCCCUAAUGCUGGACUACACGGCCUCCAUGGACGGCACCCUCCGGGAGGACACCCCGCCCCACGCAGGGGCGGCUGCCCUCCCUGCCCCGCACGAGGGAGAGGCCCCGGCCCCGCCGGCCCCGGAGCCCCAGCAGGGCGAGCUCGGCCCCUGGGACCUGGGCCCGGAGUCACAGGCCCCGGCGUGGGACAGCCAGGCCCCGCUGGAGCCCGACGGCGACGAGCUGUCCGAGAGCUCCCUGAGCGUGUCCGAGCCGGGCGCUGCCAAGAAGCAUAAAGGAGGAAUUCUGAGGAAAGGCGCGAAGCUGUUCUUCCGCCGGCGACAGCAACAGAAGGACCCUGGCAUGAGCCAGUCGCACAAUGACCUCGUGUUCCUUCAGCAGCCAGAGGGGGCCCGGAGGAAGGGGGCGACGCUCACCAGGAUCCUCAACAAGAAGCUGCUGUCCAGGCACAAGGGCAAGGGCACCGUGAACGGGGGCCCGGUGGAGCCCGCGGCCGGCGGCCUCCCCCUCCCCCACCAGGACUCGGGGCGACGCGUGCCCACCUAGCCACCCCCAGGGCGGAGGGAGAGUGCCUGCGAGCCGUCAGCCAGCCGCCCCAUCCUGCCGGGCUGUACCUGCCAAGGUCAUCCCGUCAAGAAGGACGAAGACCCGCGUCUCCGGCCAGGGGGCUUUCCCAGAGGAAACUCACGAAGCCCCACGUGCCGCCAGAUGCCAAAGCGGACCCGAAGGCGCUGCCGCACGGGCUGUGCCCAGAGCUGAACUUAAUUAGAAGAUCUGCAUUACGGACGAGAGCGCGUCCUAUAACGGAAGGGGAUGGGGCCGGGUUGGGGGACUCUUAUCUCCCCCACUCUGUGCUCCAGCGCGUAUUCUCCUGGGUCCAUGCCUGGACCGCGUCGCAAAGAGGAGGUGUCCCUCUGUGCUGUCACUGUGAGCGGAACGGAUGGGUCACCUCUCCUGCCUGGCAGCUCAGACGCAGAGCAGCCGGCCCUGAGUGCGGAGAGGCGGGGCGGAGGCGGGAUUUGGGGUCAGUAGAGAAAUGGAGGUGGUAAUGGAUACACUGUGACAAAGGCAGGAACGUAGUUGCCUUUGACAGCAGCCAUAGAACCCGACAAGUAUGCAAACACUAGAUCUAUCCCGUGCACAUGAGCUUGAACACGCUUGUAUGUUUCCUUUGCUAGCGGGCGACCUGUAAACUCCGAUGUGGCUUUCCCAGCCUCCUCUGUGGUUUCAAAAGGGCUCAGGACACCAAUGGGGCAGUCACCAGGUGGCUUUUUUCCCCCGCCACCAGCUCACCCGCUGGGGUACUUGCUUAAACAACAGUGCAGGGAGGGGCCUCUGGAAUUAAGUCCUGGGCAGUGACAGCUAACAGAACAGGGCCACCAGCCACCCAGGGUUUUUUCCUUUAGUCCAAGGUUAGUUUGCCAAAUGUUGCCAGUAGCUGAAACAAAGUAACUCUGGGGCAAAAGAGAAAAAUCAUUCUAGGUCUCUCCUGUGAGCCUUAGGGAUGGAAGGUUAACAGUAACAAAUGGGCCAAACUUGCCUCACAUUUUUCCGGGAACUCUUCACAAUCGGCUGUGAACAGUGCUUGAUGCAUUUGGGGGGCAGUGGGGGGGGGGGAAGCUUGCUUUGAUUUCCAGUGGGGAAAAAAGAUAAACGUGGCCCACAAUGUCCGUAUCCCCGUGUGCCCUUCGGGCCACGUUCCUCGCCCGUGCGUCUGUCCACGGGCUUGCACGCCGGCCCGUGUCCGCUGAAUGUGCCACGUAGCUAGGACAAGCUUAUUUUCACCGUGGCCGUCCGUGUGAAAGGCUCUGAUGCUUUAAUAAGAUUCACUUUCUUCCAAAAAGAUUUAAAGGGCCAUAAUGGAGCCUUCACUUUUGUCACGGAUAUGAAACUGGGGAAGCUCCUUCCUACAAAAGCUUCCGCUCAUCCUUAAACUUGUAUUUCAGGGGUAAGAAAGCCACUGCCAAACAGAAACCUUUUCGAAAACCAAAAUUAUGGAAACUUUUUGUUUUUCCUUUUCUCUCGAGGGAGAGAUUAGAAGACCACAUUAAGAAUUUUACUUAAAAAUACACCUUUAAAAAAAUCUCUCGGGGUCCCAGAUAUUCAUCAAGUAACUAUAAAAUGGCUUUGUUCCCCGUACACUGUUCUUGAAGACGAUAUUCUGGUCCUCACCGUAAAACACCACGUGGCCUUCUGGAUGUAUGAACGCCAGGUCAGUCCCCAUAGGCUGGUAGUCUCUCCCAGGCUCUGGGGCGCACAUGGCCACUUUGUUCUGUUUUAUUUGAAGGACUGUCCUUCCUCACCUGGUAGGCAGAGCUUGGGACACAUUCAAGAUUACUUCUAAGAGGACCUCCAGUGUCAGAGUUUCAGGUGCCGAUCAGAAGUUCUUAGGACAGUUUUCUGUUUGAUUUUGCAGCUCAGAUCAACUCAGUGUAUUACGUGUGACGCUAUCAGGGCUCUACCUAAGAGCUUUCUCGCUCUCAAGAAAAGGAAAUGUCUUCGCCAUUCCCAUUCCCAAUUGACCCCGUGAGGAUUUUGGUCACUGUUGUAAUUUCUGUUAAGGGCUCUGCUUUCUGCACUUCCUGGUGACUUGAAGCCCCUUGCAGAUGGAGGGCGAGUGAGAGGCGGGCUGCGUGUGUCCCGUGUGUGAAGCAGGGCCGUCCCACGAGACAGGGAGCGUGGUGUCCCCGAGAUCUGUGUUUCCAUGUGUCCGUCCGGCACACAUCAAGAGCCCCGUACACUUGAGUAAGAUCCAGAGGCCCCUCAAGAUGCGCACACGUUUUCUCCAGCCGAGGGCCUUUUCCGAAGUCACAGAGGACAGGGCCGUGUCAGGGAGUUUAGGAGAAAAUAUAGGGCGGAAGGGUGAGUGAGGGCAGUGCUGUGAAAAUGGGCCCUGUUGAUACUGUGAUCGCUUCGUCCGCGUCUGCUUCCCCAGGCCCGCGCUUUCCCGCGUGGGGAUUUACGUGACCAUGAGCGCUGUAAAGUUAAAACGCCGACGAAGGCCACACACCAAGUACUACACAUUCUUGUUCGUAAAGCACCUUAUACCCGUCCCUCGUGCGUCAGCGGCUAGAGCGCUUUUGUGUUUGUCUGUCUUCCUGAUACUUUCACGAGCGGCGUGUCGAAGUGAUUUCUUCUGAACGCUGGGCGACGAAUGGGGCGUCUGUACAUCGGGAACCGGGCACUCAGGUUGGUUCUGGUGCACUGGGCGUGCCGCCCUGGGUUCAGGACUGUGCCCAGGAUCUUUGCAGAGGCAAGUGCAGAAGCCCUGAGUGUGUGUGUGUGUGUGUGUGUGCGUGUUAUUACUGUAGCAAUAAGAGAAGCAGCGAUCUCACUGUCCCGGCUGAAAACCUGCUGUGAAGAAGGUCGAGACAGAGCACUUUAUAUAAAUCGACCCUCAAAUUUAAGUGGGAAGCCAGCCCUUGAUUCCUCCCGAUGGCUACCUGGCCGGUCACUGCCCAGCAGCCACAAACUGGGGGCCCAUCUAGAUUUCCAAUUGGUUUCACUGGCUGCAUUUAUAGGAGAGAGCUGGAAGAUUCUCUUCUGGGGCAGAAAGGGACAGAUUAAGUGCUACCGCUGCCACCAGCUGGUGGGGAGGGGCUUCCGGGUAAUUGUCUCACAUCUCCUGGUCUUGAAAUCUCGCGGCACAAGCCGGUGGUCACUGCAAGCCAGAGUGUUUCUCUGCGCUGGGUGGGAACAGGACUCGCGCUGGUGUAGACCGGAGGCCGGGCCCUCUCUCCCCGUCCCAAACCUGCUCAGGCCUGAUUACCAAAGCGUGAGGCACGGACUCACUGGCACUGCUGCUUCCUGCAGAGCAAACUCAGGUUACCUCCGGGUCCCUUCCUGCAGCAUAUUCCUGCUAGACGUGUGAGGAGGCACCCGGAACACACCGGCCUGCCCGGUCUACCCAGCGCCCAGCCAGUCGGCAACGAGCCGCUUAUUAUUUAGGCUUGUGGUUUUUCACCCCCAGUGUCACAUCGAAGCUACAUUUUUUUUUUUUUAAAGAAGAAAACGCAAGGUUUUCCAGGUAUGUGGCAGAGUCUGGCUUGACGGUCAGGCGGGGGGAUGAAGCCACCUGGCGGUGACUGUAACCCUCAGUAGCACUUUAGAAACGCGUUACCUGCUGUCCGGCCCCAAACCGCAGGAGGUGCGGCUGGGACACGAACGGUGUCUGAAUGAAAUAAACGUGCACAUGGAACACUAA